CCCAAACUCGUCACGACCUCGUCUUGGGAGGACUCCGGAAAAAUCAGCCCGUUUGCCUUCCACGUGAUGUUUUGCUUCCCGCUCUGCAACUUCUUUCUGCAUCGAUUCGUGCCCACAUCCCCAGCCUUGUUGUCCUCGCACCUUCCUAUAGUUCUGGCUUCUCGACACCCGCACUUAUCCCAAUCUAUCCAUCAUUGGCUGUCCCAACCAACGUGUUCAGACUCAAUCAAUCACGUGUUUUGUUGCUUCCCCGCUCGCAAUUUUUCCUGCAUACGUGCCUACAUCCCCAACCUCGUCGUCGCCACCACCUCGGCGUUUUCACACAACAUCACCUUCGUCGCAACAUCAUCAUCCUUGCAAACUCAACGUCGCUGCCAUUUGAGAAUCCCACCGGUAUUUCAACUUUUGCACAUAAUCCGCUCGUGCCAUCUCAUUGCUGGCUUUCGGUUACUGAAAGUUCCCGUUGACGCGUUUCGCUAUUGCUGAUUGUGCACAUCUCCAAUCUUUCCGUCGUCGCAACCUUAUCGUUGUCGGAACCUCGCCGUCGCCAGGACUUGAAGCGUUGUUGACGUUUUCUUUUUUGGACACUCCCUCUCAACCCAACUUGCCGACGCGCGCCAUUCAUUACUACCCGCAAACGAGCACUAACACCAGACCAUGAAUCGCCUUACCGCAGACUGGCUACCGGACGACACCCCUUGGGAGAAGCUCACGUGGUUCACGAAAGACGAGUUGAGGAAACAAUGUGCGAAGCGAUCCCUUCCUGUUACCGGUACCAAGUCCGUGCUUCAACAGCGACUGCUCGACUACCAGCGCACCCAUACCACCGAGGUCAGACCUUGUCCUUUGCGGCUGGAAUUCCCAUGUCCCUUGGAGACGGAGUAUGGAAGGUCGGCAAAGCCAACGCGUGCCAUAGUACUUGUUGAGGACUUGAGCACCUUUCGUGCUUGUUUGAAAAUGCGUUUUACGUUCGCGUCCCAUCAAGUCACGCACCUUGACGGUGAUAUUGAGACAUUUGCUAAAGUUCAAGUUAACUUUACUAAUAAACCGUCUUGCUCUUGUCGGAGACACUUCCUACACGAUCUUCCCUGCUACCAUGUUGAAUAUCUCCUUCGCAAAUUUUUCAACUGCCCGGAGCCUCUUCUCUGGCAAGAAGCGUACCUAACUUCAGAGCUCGAAUACAUCUACCGAAAAAGUCACGCUGCCCUUAGUCGUGUCAAGCCAGACCGGUACCGUCAGGGAAAGCGAUGUGUCAUAUGUUUUGAUGUGCAUAAGACGCAUGAAAAGAAUGUCCCUUGCAGUUUGUGCGGAAUGCCAACACAUUCAUUCUGCCUCAAAGCAUUGAGGAAGAAGAGAAAAUUCGAUCCUGCGCAAGCGAGUCAAUGCAUCCUCUGCUUAGACAAGACCGCCUUGGCCGUUGAGAAGUAUUUUGGACGGUCUCAGGUCUCGCCGGCCGUUGCCGGCCCCGGCCCCGCCCUCGUUCCCAACGCCCCAGCCAGCAACAAGGCACUAGCCGGACCGGACCGAUCGGUCACGAGUACUACUCAGUCGGAGGCUGUAUCACCCGACUCCAUAGAGCGAACGACCACCAUGCAGGAGCCACACAGCGCAGCACAGCAAAAGUGCACAUCCACGCCGCUUCCAGGGGUCCCGGCGCUUAUUUGGCAGGAGAUGCACCAGCAGGCACGAGAACAACGACAACAACAACAACAACAACAACAACAGAAGCAAAGUGAGCAACGACAACGACAAGACGAGCAAAAGCAGAAACAACAAAGACAGCAGCAGCAGUCGCAGGCAAAGGUGCGAGCGAUUCGCCCCGUCAUCACUGAGGUAAGGGUCUCGGAACUCCCUGACCCUGCCCGGGUAGAGGUAGGGAGCCGAGUAGCAGCAAAACAGACGCCUAUCACCCAGAAGCUGGUGUCUAAGGAAAUUGGGGGGAGUCCUGCUGCUGCUGCUGCUGCUGCUGCUGCUGCUUCUGGUAGCGGUGUUCGUUCUCCUAUUCAAUCCUCACCUCCACCCAUAAGCACAGCUACCCAACCUGACAAAAGUGCCGUCAAUCCAUGUGGUGAUUCUAGAGGCCGCUCUACUGAGGCUACUGAAGUCGCUGGUCUCGCCAAUGAACAGGCAAAUAAUGCCGAUGUUCCUGGCUCCAUUCUUAUCGGUGCCAAUACAAUCAUCACAGCCACUCUUGAUGAUGAUAUCAGCAACAACAGCAACAACGCGGACAGAAAGGCCGCCAAGCUAGCGCGCAAUCUCAAGCGGCUUGAAGUCAAGUUGGAGCAGCUAGACAGGGAUGCAGAUUACUACUACAAAAAAGCCGAGAGGAGGUCGCAAAAAUAUCAGACAGUUCAAAAGAAGAUUCGGAAAAUCAAGGAGAAGGCGGAGAAGAGGGCUUUGGCGAGAAGAAGAGAAGGGGUAGAGGAGGGAGCGGUCAGCGAUGUUGUGUGAAAAAUGGAGUGCUCGAAAGCGGAGCGGUUCGGGGAUGGUUUUUCCUUUGAUUUAUUUUCCUUUUUUCCUCUUUCUGGAUCGUAGAGGUAUUUCUUUGCUUCAUUUCUCUGGUUCUGUGUAGUAGGUAGAUGUCGUUUUUGACUACGGUUCCUGGUAUGCGUUAGAACGACUUGUCUUUCGAGGACAAGAAAUAUACAUUGUUUCACGU